AUUUUACAAAACAAUAAACACCGUGCUUUGAACUUUGUAAUUUGUUUAAAAUUUACUAUCCAAAAUUUGUUGACUAUGGGCAUUGGUGAAUUUUGAUGUUCAUCACAAGACUGCGAGGAGUGAGAGAUCGCUGAAGUUUUGGCUUCGUUUUACUGGGUUCAAGUCUAAAAUUAUUUUAAAUUUAAUUAGGUAGGUAACUAAUAACAAUAUGUACGUAUUUACAAUAAUAAUGGAAAUUUGUUGUCAAUAUUUGUAUAUUUAGUGAAUAAAAAUAAUACAUUGACUUUGCGUUAAAGUAUUUUUAAAUGUAUAAAUUCAUGUUGUGAAUUGUAAUUUAAAGUUUACAAAAUAAAUAUUUUUAUUGUUGUAAAAUGUGUUUCAGUCACCAUGGAUGAUAAUACUUGGGAAGUAAAUUCUAUGAAUGAGUUUGAUUACUGUCAGAACAUAGCCCGAGCUGCCUUUGGAGAUAUGCUUCAUGAUAGUGACAGGGUAAAUAUUCAUAAGUACUAAAUAUUGUGGAAACUAAUAUUUUAAAAUAUCUUGUAAUGUAUUAUUAAUGUAUGGUUUUGUAAAAAUGAUAAAAAUAAUUUUUUUUUUUUUUUUUUUUUUGUUGUUGCAGAAUCAAUUAUACUAUAAAGCAUUGAAAAAAGAAAUUACCAAGUUACAUAAGGCUGGUAAAAAAGUUCACGUCCUAGAUAUUGGAACUGGUACUGGUCUUUUGGCAAUGAUGGCUGCUAAAUGUGGUGCUGAUUCUGUUUACGCCUGUGAAGUAUACAAUAUUUGUAUAAGGAUGUAAAACAAUUUGAUUUAUAAACUUAUGUAUUAUUUAGGAAUUUAAAGAAUCAUAUAAAUGUGCAAAAGAAAUAAUAAGGUCAAAUUUGUUUGACGAUAAAGUUGUUCUGAUUCAUAAAAGCUCUCAAAAAUUAAAAGUUGGAAUAGAUUUGCCACAUCGAAUGAAUUUACUAGUUACAGAAGUUUUUGACACAGAACUUAUCGGUGAAGGUGCUAUUUCAGUAUUCAAUCAUGCACAUCGAGAACUCUUAACGGUUAUUAUCUUUAAUACUCUAUUUUAUUUCAUUAUAAUUAUUUAAUAUCUUAUCUAGGGUUCAUAUCUAUAUGCAUUUACAUGUUUUUAGACAGUCUAAAAAGUAGCUAGAUAAGCUACAAGUUAGAAUCAUAGUUAAUAGUACUGAAAUACAAAAUUUUAUUUUGCAUAUUUUUACAUAUUUUACUAUUUUUUGACAUGUACUGUAUAUUUCUGUAUUUUACAAUUUUUCAUUGCAUAUAAUGUGUUUUAAAUGCAUAAUAUGUAAUAUUUUAGUUAUAUUUAUAUUAGUUUAAAAAAAUUUUUAUGUAAGUAUUACUUUUCAGAUUGAAAAAUGUCGAAAAUACCAUUACAAAUCAAUCAUUUGUACCUACUUUACAAAGAAAGAUGGAAAUAAUAAAAAUAAUAAAUUUUGAUUUGAUUUUUUUUGUGCAUAUGUUUUUUAUUAUAUUGUUUAUAUUAUAUUUUUUCUUUUAAAGGGUAUAUUUCUACAAAAUAAGAGCAUAUUUCUAAGGUUUUUGGAGCAUAUAAUUCCGGUCCCUAAUCAUAACUAACUUAUGAACAUUUGUAUUUUAUUACUUAUCAGGACGAUUGUAUUGUAAUACCUUCUGAGGCAGUUGUUUACACUCAAGUAGUUGAAAGCGAGUAUAUAAGAAAUUUUAACAGAGUCAAUGAUGUUUAUCAUAAUGGUAAACUAUUGAUCAAGGUACCUGAAAAUAUAAAGAAAUGUCAAGGGAUUGAAAGUGUACUCGAUUUACAACUAAGUCAAUUACCAAUGGAUUCUUUUAAAACUCUAAUUCCAGCACAGGAGAUGUUCAGGUGAUAAUUGUGGUUUAUUAUUUGGUUACUAUAAUAUUAUUCUUGUUUGUUAUACUAAACCUUUUAAAUUGUUAAAGAUUCAAUUGGAGUGAUAAAAAUGGUGUGACAACUGAUAGAAAAAAUGUUAUACUUUGUAAAUCAAAAGAAAAUGGUAUUGCUCAUGCUGUAUUUGUGUGGUGGGACUUGGCCAUGGACUCUGAAGGUGAAAUUAUCUUAAGCUGUGCACCUAAAUGGCAUUUUGAACAUCACAAUGCUCCUUGGCGAGAUCAUUGGAUACAAGGAGUUUAUUAUUUUCCUGGUGAAAUCAAUUUAAAAUUAAAUGAGGAAGUUAAUAUAAUUGGUUACCACGAUGAGCUGUCUUUUUGGUUUGACACAAAUAAGUCAAGGUAGUUAUUACAAUUAUUAGUGAUUAAUUUUUUUGUUUAUUAAUUUAUAAUAUCGCUGAGAAAUAAUUUUAUCAAAAUUUUAAUUUUUUUCAGUUCACAUUUAGAUAUUUCUCUUCCAUACUGUGAUUGUGAUUUUCAUAGAAUUAUUAACAGAACGCUUAUUGGGCAAAUUAAUGAUAAUAACCUUACCAAUAAAUAUUUGAAUGCAUUAAAAAAAUAUGUGCAACCAAAUAGUGUGUGUUUAUUUGUUGGAAAUUUAUCUUUCAUAGGAUUAGCAGCAGCUUUAUUUGGUGCAAUGAAAGUAUUAAUUUAUACUUGAUCUUUAUAAGUUAUAGCAAAUUUAUUAUUUUCAUAUUUGUAUUAUUAUACUUUGCAUAUAGGUUUAUUACUAUGAUAUUAGUGGACCACAGAGUUUUAGAAGAGUUUUAAAUUCAUAUAUUAGAGUUAAUAAAUUAGAAGAUAAAAUUAUUUUAUUGAAAUCUUACAAAGAUGUAUUAGAAAUAAUUUCAAAACAAAAAGAAGUAAAUGUUUUUUAAUAACUAUAUAUUAUCAUUAAAUUAAAAAUAUAAUAAAUAAUACUUGAGGGACUUGAGAGUUGUUUAUCUAAAUAAUACUAUAAAAUAUUUGUCCAGAAUUAUUAAAGAAUAAUUAAAAAAUAUUUUAUAAUUAUUUUCAUAAUAUCUUAUUUUAGAAUAGAGAAGAAAUUUACACCGUGUUUACAGAACCUUUCAAAUGGAUUUUACCUGAAUGGAUUGACAUUGUCAAAUAUUCUCUUCAGGUAAACCCCAAAACCAAUAUAUUUCCGAAAGAAGUCAAAUUUAAAAUACAAACUGUUCAAUUUGAUGACCUUUGGAAAAUACGAGCUCCAUUAACAGAAGUUGAAGGUUUUGAAAUUGUACCAUUCAGUGAAAUUGUACAAGUAAUAUAUUUUUAAAUUGUUAAAUUAUAUUUUGUAAUGUAAUUAAAAUUAAUAAUGGUUAACAAAUUAACCAUUUUACAUAGGUAAGAAUGUUUAGGACUAAAAAUACGUUAUAAAUAAUCUAUGUAUUGUUUUGGAUUUAAUUAUUUAUUUUGUAAUCUAAUUCAAAAGCUAAAUUAUAAUAAAAUUAAGCCAAAUUUUUAAUUUUAGUUUUAUUACAUAGAAAUAUUAAAUAAUUAAUUUUAAAUAUUUUCAGGAAAGUAUAAAGAUAUCAGAUGGAAUAUUAGAAGAAAAACCACUAUGGGAAUAUCCAAGCAAAAGUCUUUCAAAUGUUUAUGAUUUAUUUACUUUAAAUUUUGAGAACAUUGCUAAUGAAUCCAAUUUGAUUUUGAAAAAUAAAUUGUGUGUAAAUAUUGAAAAGUAAGAAGGAUUAUUUUGUAUUCAAAAUUUAAAAUUUUUUAUAAAAAUAGUUAUUUUUUCAAAUAUCCACUUUACAUUUUCAACUUAAAAUUGUUUGAUUUACUUUAUUAUAAAUUAAAAUUGAUGGCAAUCUUUGUUUUUACUGUUUUAAAUAAUAUAUUUUUUUUAUAAAUAAGUAUGCUUUUUCUCUGUUUUCAGCAAAGGUACAUGCCAUGGUCUUGUUUGUUGGACUGAUUGGUCUUUGGAUACAGAAAAUCAUAUCUCGUUUGGGGCCUCAAAUAAAAAGACUUACAUUUCAGAAUGGUAUCCAUAUGCGCGACAAAGAAUUUACUUCUUAAAUACAUUUCAAAAUGUUUGUCCAGAAGAUAUUAUAAAUUGUGAUGCUAUUUUAUGUAAAAAUGGCAAUUUGUUAGUUAGUUUUUGUAAUACCUACGACCAUUGAGUUACUAAAUUAGAUAUUAACAUUAUUUUCAUUGAAAUAUAUUUCUAUUAUCAUAUCUUAAAAUUAUUUAUGAAAAAUCAUAUUUAUAUACCUUACAUUUUGAAAAUUCAAUUCUAACUAGAAUAGAUAUUUGGUUCUAGAUAUUAUCAAUCGAUUUUUAAAAUCAAUGAUAAUAACAAUGGGUAAGUUCUCUGAUUUGUUAUCACAUCACUACUAGUUUGUUGCCUAUCAUCGUCUGAUGUUCAAGUAAAAUAAUAAUAAUGUCAAAUAUCAAAUAGUUUUUAUUGGAAAAUACUUGAAUACUUUUACCACAUACCUUUAAAGGAAAUAUAAAAUUAAUAAAACAUAAACAAAUCAUUUAUUAUUUUUAUAAUGUACAAUUCAUUUUUCAUUUUAUUAAAUAGUAAUAAUACAUAAACAAAUAUUAUCAGUCGUUAUUAAAAUAAGUAAAAUUAUAUAUAUUUUUUAAAAUUUCACAAGCGUAAUUUAUUAAUGUCUUAUUAAAAUUAAAUCCAAAUUAAAAACUAAUUUUUCAACUAAAUGUUAAUUUUGUAUAGUAUAAAACUGUAAUUUAAUUUACAAUUUAAACUUUAGACUAGAGCGUUAUAAUUUUAAAACAAUACAAUUAAUUUAUUUUAUGUAUAAAAAUAAUUACUUUAGAGGCUUUAAGUACAGUUAAUUAAUUAAUAAUUCAAUUUACAAUAAAACUAGAAUUUACAUUAUUUUUUAAUAUAAGAAAACAAAUGUAUACAUACUAUUUACAAAAAGAAAAAAAAACAUUCCUAAAAUAGUUAUUUCAAAAUAUUUACAAAUUAAAUAAUAACAAAUUAUAUAAGUUAAGUGGUUUAAUAUGGCUAUUUAUUUUCAAUCAAUAUUUAUUUAUUAUUUUUUAUUUUGGCAGAAAAAUGUUAACAGUUUCAAUAGUCUACAAAGCUUCAUCUCCUGUUUGAUAAAGUUCGGCUUGACCAUUUCUGUGUGUCAGUGGUUGUGUUUCUGGUGCAUUGGACGGUCGGUUACGUUUGAAAAACCCACACUAUAAACAAGA